GAUAAGUGUUAAGUUGUUGCUUAGAAGUGGAACUUCCAGUUAAGAAGCGUGACUCCUCCCACGUGUUUAUUCUAGCGUUCCAAAAUAAGAUUUAUCGUUAGUUCUUGUUUUCCUUUAAUGAAAACCUGAGUUCAAAAGAUUUGCUGUCCGGCUGAAUAUAUUAGCUGGAGAUAAUGAUCACUUUGCUAGAACUUGCCCUGUCACUUGUAGUUGUGGCCAUUAUCCUAUACCUAACUUGGGCCUUACUAGCGACUGAUUGUGAUUUAACUCUGACUUUAGUUGAAAAAUAUGGAAAGCCAAUUUCCUCAUUUUCGGGACGAGUAGUAUGGGUGACUGGAGCAUCUACUGGCUUAGGUGAAGCAAUGGCAUAUGAACUUGCUGCCGUGGGAACAAAACUGAUUUUGACUGCAAGAAGUACUGACUUACUUCAAAAGGUGAAAGAGGAAUGUUUAAGAAGAUCAGAAGGAAAAUUGUUUGAUCAUGAUAUUCUAGUCCUCCCUUUCGAUUUAUCAAACUUCGAAUGCCAUAAGCAAAAUGUUCAAAGAGCGGUGGAUCAUUUUGAAAGGAUUGAUGUUCUAAUCAAUAAUGCUGCACGUUAUUCAGUAGGAGCCAUUACUGAAACAGAUAUUUCAGUAGACAAAGCAAUAUUUGAAGUAAAUUUUUUUGGCACAUUAUCUCUGACUAAAACAGUGAUUAAACAGUUUUUGCAACAAGGUUAUGGUCACAUAGUAGUUGUUUCUAGCAUCGCUGGCAAGUUCGGAAUUCCUUCCACUGGGUCUUAUUCUGCCACGAAACAUGCUCUACACGGAUUCUUUGACACUUUGCGAAUGGAAGUCCAAAGAUAUGGCAUAACAGUAACUACAGUGGUCCCAGGAAUAUUCAGUUCGAACAUAUUUGAAAAAACUAUUACAACUCAAACAGAAAAGGUACUGGAGAAGGAAUACCAUCAUUAUGAAUGCGAAAAUAUGACUUCAGAAAGAUGCGCACAUCUAGCUUUAGUAGCAGCCGCUAAUCGGCUAUAUGAAUCUUGGAUAGCAUUCCAACCGUUUUUAUUCAUGUUGUGGGGAGCACAAUAUACUCCAAACUUCUAUAAGUACAUAAUGAGUGUCCUCUACACCAAAAAGAGAUUGGGAGAGCUAUAUGAAGGGAAGUGGCCAAGAGACCUUCCAGUAUGGAGACCACUAACCAAAAAAGAAAACGUAAUUCGGUAACUGAAGAAUCUCAUACAAUGUGAUAAAUCUUAUGAGAACUUUUUCAUUUCAAUUUUGUUUCGAACUUUUAACAUGCUUUAGAAAUUAACAUUGUAUAAAAUGAAGGAUCAAAUUUCAACAUGUUUAAUCUGUAGAAAUGCACGAGGGAAAGUGGCUAAGAGACCUUCCAGUAUGGGGACCACUAACCAAGAAAAAAAAUGUAAUUCGGUAACUGAAGAAUUAUAUGAAAUGUGAUAAAUCAUAUGAGAACUUUUUAUUUCAAUUUUGUUUCUAAGUUUAAUAAUCUUGAUAUGCUCUGGAGAUUAACAUUGUAUAAAAUGAGGGAUCAAAUUUCAACACGUUUAAUUUUUGGAAAUGUAUUCCAGUUGACAACAAAGAUUGUUUGAGUAGAUGACAAGCAUUGAUUUGCAAAAUAUUUUCUUUUUCUCCUUACUAUUUCUUACAUAAGACAAGAUUCAAUAUUAUUUGAAAUUCAUUUGGUGUUCGAAUUUCCUUAAUUUGUUCGUAAGUUGUAUUUGAAAGUGGACAAACUCACAUUUUUUAAGGUUACAAGUAAUGCUACUAAAAAAGUGAUAGUUUAGGAUGAGAAUGACCAUUAUCAGUAUUUACUAUAGUAAUAGCAUUCAUUACUGAAAAUGUUUUAGAGGCAGGAUAUUUUUAAAAGUUAAGUACAUUAGGAAAAAAAAAAGGUGCGUCUUAUGGAUGGCUAAAAGAUGUGAAGGGAAAAACAUACUUAUAUUGUAAAUUUUUAUGACCCUAUUAUUAUACUACGAAAUACAAAUUAUAUUAAGAUAAAAAUUAUUUAAUACAACGACCUUAAAAUAAGAUACACAAUUUUGAUACAUGGUUUAACCUUACGAUGAUACACUUACUAUGUACAAUUAGAAAGACUUUUUGCUCCAUCUAAUGAACAAUGUCCGAUUUAUCAUAAGGCCUGACAGGCCCAGGCCUCCUUAAAUGUUGCAAAUGAUUUCUUCGUGCUUCUUCUUAAGAAUUAUCUAUUAGAAUUAAGAGUAAAUAAAAAUUGAAAUAAAUAUAUGCUCAAAUUUACUAAUAUAUCGUAAUUUACUUAUGUUAUUAAUAAUUUAAAAACACUUCAUAACUAAACGACAUGCAAAUUUGGUUUAAUAUAACGACCACAGGACUCCUAACAGUUCUGUGUCUGGCGUCCAUGUAGGACAGGACCUGAAAGUAAAAUCGAUGUUUUAAUAUGAAUAAUGUCAUCUUAAAAUUUUAGAUGAAACUCUGAUUGUUUUUGUACACAUUGUUUCCACGUUAUGUAAUUGUAUUGCAGACGCAUAAAUUUCAGAUUUAAAAAAGAAAAAUGCAUUAUUUUGCUCUUAGAAUAAUCCCUAUAUUAAUUACAUGCUUACAAGCAGCAUGAUAUUAGGACGAAAUAUCAUAGGUAUCAAAAAUUAUAAUAAAAAAAUUAAAUAAUGUGUGAGACCAAGUUAUUCAUCUUGAAAUCAUUUGUAAACAUAUUUCAAAAUUAGCCAUUAAAGGUUCGAACAAAAAAUUAUUAUAAAGUUUAUGCUAUUAAGCAGUUUGAAUGCAAUACAUGCUGAGAUACUUCAUGAAUGUAAAAUUGAAACGUUAAAAUACUUUUUUUAAUGGAUAGUCUAAAAUUGAAAAAAAAAAAAAAAAAAAAAGUAUUAGAAUAUUUGUUUGCAGACUUAGCUUUUUACAAGAAAUAAAAUUUAAACUGCAACAAAAAUAUCUUAACGUCUAAGUUAGAAUCCUUAAUAAAUAAAAAGAUGUUUAUUUACAAAUUUUUGAAAAUGAAGCUAUACAUUUAAAGCAUAACUCGCUAGUUUAAAGCUCUGUUGUAUUAAAUAUUUUUAAAUAGAGAAUAUUUUGUUUAUAUACGUUUCUUUUUAAUCUGUGUACUCAUUUCUUACUAUGCCCCAUGUUUAUGUAAGUGCUGUAAAAUGACAUUAAAAAAUGUAACAAAACAUUAAAA